CAACAACUCACUUCAAAGUUAAUCCCAGCCUCAAUUUGCCAAAAUGCAUCUUUCUACCGUUUUCGCAAUUGCCACCGCUGCCUUUGCCAGCUUUGCUGUCGCUGCUCCUGCAGAGCCCGGCGAGCAAUGUCUUUUGAUCUGCUGGGCUGAGGAGCACGCGUGCGAGGCUCCUUCGUACCCAAAGAACCAAAAUGGAUGCUGGACUUGCUGUACUCCGGUAUCCUCUUAGGCUCGACGCAGUCUGCCAUUUCCUUAGAGGACGAAAGGUUUAAGCAAGAGAGAGUAUGGCGUCUAUUUACUUCAUAUGAAGGAUUGGGUUUUGUUAGUUGGAAAAUAUCACACUCAUUAUGUAGUCAAAGUCUGGAAACAUCUCCAAGCCCAUUUGCAAUGACACAUGUAUUCCACUGCGAAUAAUCAAGUAAGCUCAAGCAAGGCCGC